AUGAGAAUCCCGCCCAUCGAAGUGCUCAUCAAAUGGCCGCGGCCAAACUACAUCAACCCGGUCAACCGGGGGCCGGCGCUGGUCAUCAUCGAAAUUAUAUUUCUGAGCAUCGCUAUGAUAUGCCUGUGCUUGCGGAUGUACAUCAGGAUCGCCAAGAUCCGCCAGACGUGGUGGGAUGACUGGCUCAUGGUCGCCAGCAUGAUAUUCUGCAUUGGCGUCACAAUUUGUGUCAUUCUAGCCACUGAAUUAUAUGGUUGGAACCUGCACGUGUGGGAUGUCCCGCUGUCGCUGAUGAAGAAGAGCCGACAGAUCUCCAUAGCCGCGCAGACGCUCUUCCUCUUCGCCUCUGGCCUUUCGAAGCUCUCGAUUCUCGCCAGCUAUCUGAGGCUUGCGGCGCCCGGCACUUGGUUCCAGCGCCUGACGUGGGUGACUGGCGGUCUCGUCUUCACCUCGACCUGGGUCUUUCUCAUUAUACUCUGGACCCAGUGCAUGCCGAUCUGGCACUACUGGACCCUGUCCGCCGACUGGGGAAACUGCAUCCCCGAGUGGCCGCCCCUCGCCGGCCAAGGAAUCAACAAUGUGCUGAACGACGUCGCCGUCUACCUCCUCCCGAUGCCGACCUUCUUCAGGCUUCAGAUGCCCCUCUCCCAGCGUGUCAGCCUCAUCAUCCUCUUCGGCUUUGGCAGCGUCGUGGUGCUUGCGGGCAUCAUGCGGACAUACUGGGUUAUUCACGUGGAGGUCCUCUACGUGGAGGACCCUUCGUAUGACUUGACGUGGGACGGCUUCAACAUUUGGGUGUGGACCGCUCUUGAGGCGAACCUCGCCAUCGUCUGCGGCUGCGCGCCGACGCUGCGGAGGCUGUUUACCGCCGGCGGCAAGGACAAGACGCCUCAAGUGCACAGCUCAAUACAGGCGAUUCGGCCGUCGGGGAUGAAGAGGAGGAAGAGCCGGUUCUUGGGAACGUGGCAGCGGGAGGAUGAUAUUGAGGAGCACGGGCUUACAAUAUUUGAGAUGAGGGGCACGAAUGAUGCGUCGAUGAACAAGUCGGUGGAAAUUCACGAAUGUACGCAUUCAUGUCAUUGA